AUGGGGGAGUCAGGCUCGAAUCCGUGUGCUUUUUGUUCGACCCGCGCUGGAAACCAACCUCGAAUCCCACAAACACGGUUCGUUUCGCACAGCGUUGACGAUCUCUGCCAAUCAAGCACGCCGGACAGGGAGCGGGGGAGUCGAAAAUUUGAAUUUUCGAUCCUCGCGGCUUCCCGCCUGUUUCGGUCGAUUGUCUCGGAGGUCCCGCCUGUCACCUCGACCGUCAUUACUUCGGGCACCGCGACCGGCUUUCCGCACGCGCGCGCGGCAUCGCCGAUGUCUCCGAACGAGGAGAUGACCCAAGCAUCGCGUCCCAAGCGUCCCGCCGCGGGCACCGCCGUCAGCAGCGCGGCGGCGGCCGCGGGAACCAGGCUGAGACGCCCCGCUCCGAGCAAGGACAUCGAGGCCGGUCCGCAGCAGCAGAAGCGCCGCGCCGCGCCCGCCGAGGCCGUCUCCGACCGCUCCGACGACACCGGCAUCGACGCCACGGACAACACCGCGGGCGACCCCGCGGGCGCCAUGGCGGUGCCGGAGACCGCCGGCAAGCGCGACAAGCGCGCCGCCGCCAAGUCGUCCAAGACGGAGCUCGCGUCCGCCAAGUCCUCCAAGACUGCCGCGGAUAAGGCGUCCGAUUCCGACGACGUCGCGCCCGUCCCCAAGGCGACCAAGCCGAGCGGCAAGUCCGGCACCGCUUCCAAGGUUGCCACCGCGACCAAGGCUGGCGGAAGGACCGCCGCGAGCGAAGAGCCCGCGAGGACUCGACCCACGAACAACCAGCUCCUGUACAAGGCGAGGUUCAACUGGGAUCACUACCCGCACCCGAUGAUCCCGGGCGCCAGGGAGACCCUCCCGGACGAGACCCACGGAUGCGCGUCCGUCACGUCCGCCUUCCUCCAGGUGCUCAAGGCGAUCCAUACCGCGGAGCUCUCGCGCCGGGACGGCGGCCGCAACGUCCUCAAGCUCCUCUCCGUCAACACCCGCCGAACGAAAGUCGUCGCGUUGUCCACUGGGACGCACCGAGUGCCCGACGAGCUUCGCCGACACCAACUCGCCGACGAGGAAGGAAACGAGUACUCCACCAACCUCGACCGCAACAGGUACGGCAACGACGACCAGUACCUCUUCACCGUCAUCAAGUUCAACCUGGAGGCGCUCGGGCUGUGCCCGCUCAUCGCGCAGGUUGAGAUCAUCGACGCCAAAGCCGCAAAGGAGGAGUGCGUGCUGGUGGUUAAGGUUCCCGACGCGGGGUGCGCGUGCGACGGGAACUGCGUCAACGGCGUCCGCGACGGCGUGCACGUCGCCGCGCGCGAGAUUGUCGGCGGGUCCGCGGCGCAGCGCGAGAGCGUGGCGCGCAGCAACGAGCAGAGCGCCAGGCGCGCGAGGGAGUCGGGCUCGGGUGGGGCCAAAUCGGGCGACGCGAAGACGCCGAGGGCGAAUCAGACGAAGGAGCAGUGGAGGGUUCCCACGACGCCGAUGUCCCCGAUGAAGCGCAACGCGUCCGCCGGGGACGCCGGCGGGAUGGGGAUGCUCCUCGACGCCCUGACGCAGGUUGGCGGCAUGCCGCCGCCGUCGCCGCUGCACCUGCGAUCGCCCCCGCACGGCGCCAACGUCGCGGGGAGGAGGGCGUCGUUUUUGUCCGGGGGCGCGAACAUGGCGGCGGCGUCACCGUCCAUGCGACCGGCGGCGGCGGCGAUGUCCGCGCUCUGCGCCUCCGCCCCGCCCAGCGUGGACAGGGACGCGGUGUCGCACAUGGGCGGCGUCGGGGGCGUGGCGCAAGCGGCGGCGGCUGCGGCGGCGGCGGCGCAGUACUACGGCCUCGCCGCCGCGGGCCAGAGCAACGCGCAGGCGCAGCUCCUCGCCAUCCAGCAGCACCACGAGCAGCAGCAGCUGCUCUUCCAGUCUCCGCCGCUCAUGCAGAAGUUUGCCGCCGCGGCCGCCGGCCUCGCGCCCGCCCCGGGUAAUUGCGCGAACGACUUUUCUGUCCGACGCGCCACUCCGGAGACGUUGGCGAACGAAUCUGUCCUCGAGGAGCUGGUGGAGCGUGAGCGGGGCGAGGCGGCGGCGGCGCGCGCGGCGGAGGCCAAGGCGAACGCCCGCGUCGCGGAGCUCGAGCGCGAGCUCGCGGAGCUUUCGAAGAAGGACGAGGAGGACGCGAGCACGGAGGAGGACGGAGCGGCCAAGGCAAAGGCGGAGAAGGCGGAGAGAACGGCGGAGGCUGUGGCGAGGGAGGAUUUCGCGCACAGGCUCGUGGCUCUCGAGGAGGAGAUCGCCGCGUUCGGCGCGAGGGCGGAGGCGGCGGCGAGGAACGCGGGCACGGCUCCAGCCGGCGGCGACGCGAUGACGGCGCUGUACGUCGCGGAGGCGAGGGCGCACGCCCGCGCGCUCGUGAGAGUCGCCAGGCUGGAAGCCACCGCCGCUCUCGCUUCUUCGAAGGGGGAAAACGCCGAGGAGAACGCCAGCCGCGAGGAGACGAUCGCUCGCGCCAAGGAGGAGGCCGGCCCGGAGGAAGGGGCGGCCCUCGAGGCGUCCCCCGGAGAGCCCGAUGGCGGCGACCCGGAGAGCCCCGCGGCGAGCCCGGCGGUGGAGAACGUCGCGUCGCUGGCCGCCGCCGCGGAGGCUGAGAAGCGGGCGCGCGACGACGACGCCGGGUUUUUUGAGCCGCCACCCCCCGCCAAGCGACGGGCCACCGAGACGGACGCCGUCAAGGCGGCGACCAAGGCGGCGACCAAGGCGGCGGCGGCGGCGGCCGGUGCGGUGGGGACCGGCUACGCCCCACCGACCACUCCCGCGCUCGCGGACAAUGGCGUCAACGGCCGCGACGGCGUCCUUUCCCCGGAUCAGCCCGCGCAGGCUCUCCACUUUGCCGCCGCUGCGCGCUGAGGGGGAGCGCGCUUUUUGACCGGCGGGAGAGGGGCGCCCGGCGCAACGCUCGCCCGACGGACGACGCGGCGAGAAUGACGUAGCACCCCGCGGGACAGUGUACAGCGGAGAGAGUCCCCAGACACCUUACGAUGUUGUUGAAAUGUUCAAGUCUUGAUGUGUGAU